GAUGAAGGACGUUUUGGCGGUGGUGUUGGCGGGCGGUAAAGGCGCGCGGCUCGAGCCCCUGACGCGCGACCGGGCCAAGCCGGCCGUGCCCUUUGCCGGCAACUACCGGAUCGUCGAUUUCACGCUUUCCAACUGCCUCAACAGCGGGAUGCGCCGCAUCCUUGUGUUGACGCAGUACAAGGCGAUGAGCCUCGAUCGGCACAUCAACCUCGGCUGGCGCGACUACUUCUGCCGCGAGCUGGGCGAGUUCGUCGAUGUCGUGCCGCCGCAGCAGCGGAUCGACGAGCAGUGGUACCAGGGGACCGCCGACGCGGUGUACCAGAACAUCUACACGCUCGAGAAAGAGCGGCCGAGCCAUGUCGUGAUCCUCGCCGGCGACCACAUCUACAAGAUGGACUACGGCAAGCUCGUGCAGUACCACGAGCAACAGAAGGCCGACCUGACGAUCGCCGCGCUGACGGUGAGCAAAGCCGAGGCGACCGCCUUCGGCGUGAUGCAGGUCGAUACCGACCAGCGGAUCAUCGGCUUCGAGGAAAAGCCCCAGAACCCCAAGACGGUGCCCGGCGAUCCGGACAACUGCUUGGCUUCGAUGGGCAUCUAUGUGUUCAACGCGGCGUUCCUCUUCGACGAACUGUGCCGCGACGCGACGUUGCCCGAAAGCGCCCACGACUUCGGCAAGAACAUCAUCCCGUCGAUCAUUGACACGCGGCGGGUGUUCGCGUUCCCGUUCCGCGACGAGAACCAAGGGGAGCAGGCCUACUGGCGUGACGUCGGCACGAUCGACUCGUACUACGAGGCGAACAUGGAGCUGACCAACGUCGAACCGCAGCUCAACCUGUACGACGACCGCUGGCCGAUCCGCACGCACCAGCCCAACUUGCCGCCCGCGAAGACCGUCUUCGCGCAGGAGGAGGGCAAUGACGGCGUCCGCCGCGGCGAGGCGCUCGACAGCAUCGUCUGUCAGGGAGCGAUUCUCUCGGGCGGCGUGGCGCGCAAGUGUGUGAUCGGGCCUAGUUCUAGGAUCAACAGCUACGCCCACGUCGAAGAGUCAAUCCUCAUGUCGCGCGUCAACAUCGGCCGGCGCUGCCGGAUCCGCCGCGCGAUCAUCGACAAGGGCGUGCACGUGCCCGAAGGAACAGAGAUCGGCUACGACCACGAAGCCGACCGCGCGCGGGGCUUCACGAUCUCGCCCGGGGGGAUCGUGGUGAUCGCCAAGGCGGACGGCGUGCUGCCGAUGGGCUGA